GGCUCUCAGCGGAGUGAUUGGCUGUCCCGGACCACGCAAUAGGGCCAUCGUGGACGUGUGGAACGAUGGCAGGCAAGGUGACGAAGAAGACCACAAAGAAGGGGAGCAAGCAGCCUGUGCGGCUCUAUGCCAAAGGCGUGAUCCUGGGCUACAAGCGCAGCAAGUCCAACUGCUACGCCAAUUGCACUCUGUUGAAGAUUGAUGGUGUCCGCACCAAGGACGACACAAAGUUCUACGUUGGCAAGAGGGUCGCAUACGUCUACAAGGCCAAGAAGGAGAUCCAGAACUCCAAGUUCCGUGUGAUGUGGGGCAAGAUUCGUCGUUCGCAUGGCAACUCCGGUGUGGUGCGAGCCAAGUUCAACAAGAACAUUCCUCCCAAGGCCUUCGGUGCUGCUUGCCGAGUGAUGCUUUACCCAAGCUCCAUCUGAGAGUCAACAUAGUCACCUAGUCCGAUUCUCAUGUGUCACCUUGCUGAAGAAGGUCCGGUAUGCAAACAGAAUGCUCGCAGCCAAAAGGAUGAUGUUUGCAGCUGCAGUAGCUGCUUGUUGCACUCAGCUUCACGCAGACACAUACUUGCAUGGCAAGGUGUGGCACCACUAGUAUGAUGCACUAUGAUGAACUAACUAUGCACAUAUUGUUUAGAUGUUUUGAAUGUAAGACC